AUGUCAGACCAGCCAGAGCUCAGGCAGCAGGAAUUACCACCUUUGACCAUCAAAAACGUGUUGAAUGAUAUCAAAGAUGGAAUCAAUGCCCUUUUGUAUGAUCCAUUCUACCGACGCGUGGCAGGCCCGGUAGUGUUCAUGUUGACGGCAAUAAUGGCCAAAGUUAUCAUUGGAUUCGUUCUUUACACGGAAAUUGACUUUGUCACUUACAUGCAACAGAUCAGUCUCAUCAAUGAUGGUGAAUUGGACUACAAGCUUAUUGGCGGAGACACGGGACCCAUUGUGUAUCCAGGAGGAUACGUCCAAAUCUACCAGUUCAUCAAUAUGCUCACCAAUCAAGGUGCAAAUAUCCAGUUGGCCCAGCUGCUUUUUGGCUACUUACUCACCUUCACCAACUUGUUGGUGAUCAUCUCGUACUCUUCUAUCGCCAACUUUCAGCCAUGGCCCAUGAUGUUGUUGCUAGGUAGCAAGAGACUCUUUUCCAUCUACGUGCUCAGAUUAUUCAACGACUGCUUCACCACAGCAGCAAUGGUUGGAGUGUGUGUGAUUCUUCAGCAAGCCUCCUACUGGUACUCCACCAGCGAAUGGGCCUCGUUUUUCUUGGUAGUAAUGGCAGCUGAUCUUUACAGUAUCGCCAUCUCCAUCAAGAUGAACGCGUUAUUAUACUUGCCAGGAUUCUUGGUAGUGGCCUACUUUUUGACCGGAGAGAACUUAUUGAAGUUUUUGAUUAUUUUGGUCAUCAUCCCCCUUAUUCAAGUUGUUAUGGGCUGGCAAUUCUUGUUACCAUUCUUUGAUGAUGAGGAAGCUAAUCUCAUCAGAUGGAAUUACAUCAACCAAGCCUUCGAUUUCUCUAGACAAUUCAUGUACAAAUGGACUGUGAAUUGGAGGUUUGUCUCUGAAGAAUUUUUCUUAAGCAGAGAAUUUGCCACCAUCUUGCUUGCAGGAAACUUGUUUGUAUUAUGUACUUUUGUAUUGACCAGAUACUUGCACCCUCAAAUCGUGGGUAAAGACUUGCCUGUUUUGAUCAUGGAAGCUUUCACAUUUAAGUCCACUGUUUCCCCUAACAACUUGAUUACCAAGAGCAAGACAGGGCCAAAAUUGGUUUUCCUUAUAUUGUCUACUUCCAAUGUGAUUGGCAUACUAUUUGCUAGAUCUUUGCACUAUCAAUUUUUGUCGUGGUACUGUUGGCAAUUACCUGCCUUACUCUAUUUCACCAACUGGGGCUUUAUUCCCCUGGCAAUUGUGUGGAUAGUACAUGAAUGGUGCUGGAACGUAUUCCCUUCAACUAAGUUGAGUAGCGCGGUCUUGGUCAGUAUUUUGGCCUCCGUGUUGGUAGGUGUAUGGCUCUCAAAUACUUGGUUCGAAGGAGUAGUCAUAGAUGAAGAGAAAGAAAGAAAGAAGAAGCUCAGAAAGCAACGUUUACAGGGUACUCUUUAA